GAAAACUAAAGGAUAACGUUUGUAUAUCGUGGUUGAUAUCACAGUCAAUUUCGAUGCAAAAUGAUGGGAUAUAAUGUUUGCAUUUUCAAAAUUCUUUAUAUUUUAUGUUUUCUACCGAGUCUUUAUUGCGAAGUAUGUGGCACAUUACAGAACUUAAACAACGGUACAAUCAAUCGAGGAGACGACGUGAGGCUAGAAUUCUCAAAUUUCGAUCGUAAACACACAGAUCUUGUUCGAUGGUGGAAAAAUGACAAAAAUAUAGACACCACCUUACCGCGUUUCUCUGUUGAUGUUCAACAUGGUCGUGUCACGUUGAUAAUUUGUAGUUUCACAGUCGAAGAUAACGGUGGAUACAGUGUCAGUUUCGGCGGCAUUCAGUGUUCACCACCAAAGACAAUUUUGAUAACGGUAAAAGAGCCAAAGGUCCUUUCCGCCAUUCCCCAAUUCCCUGACAACGUUACCAUCCCAGAGUUGGAUUGUGAACAAUGCCUGGUGGGAACGGUUGGCGUCUACAUAAACGUGGAAUGUGUUGUGUUCGGAAUCAGCAAGAAAGACCUGAACAUAGAGUUGAAGCUCAAGAAAAAUGGACAACAGAUACCCAAUGUGACUGUGGAAGGUUCUCCAUUUUAUCGAGCAUAUUAUGCAUACACGCCGAGUGAAGAAGAUACAGACCACACCGUUACUUGCGAGGCCUCUAGAGAUGGCCAACAAGCAGUUACAGUAUCAAUCACUCUUCUCGUUCUGCGUAAAGACAACUCUUCUUCCAUGUUGAUCGAAAUCGUUUGCGGUUGUGUAGUGGUGCUUAUAAUCGUUAUGAUAGUCGUCGGGUGUGUGGUUUUAUCGAAAAGGCGAAAUAAAAGACCGAUGAGAGAAGGUCCUUGUAGUGUGCAUAUUCAGGAGCGACAACCGAGUGUGCAACUUCAAGGUCUUGUGUUCGACAAUCGCGCUGAAUCCAACCACGGCGUUGCUCCUUCUGAAGUCUCAGCUGAACCGGUUGAAUACGCCUGUGUUGUUAAAAAGGCAGAGAGACAGGCUGCAAAACCUAAGACCGAGGAAGGAGCACUCAUCUACGCUGAUCUUGAUCUACCCACAGAGAGUUCCACACGAGGGAAGUCGACAGUGAGUUUAGACGCCGGAACUACAUAUGUGUCAAUCGACUUGACUCAGACAGAAAAAAAGAAGAGAUCUGAGUUGAACGAUUAGUUAUACGAUUAUUCUAUUGGAAAAAAUAACUCAGUUACUAUUUGUUAAUUGAAGUUAUAUUGCUACAUUAGUAUACUUCUUAGUUAUGAUAUAGCUCUAUAUCAAGUUCUGGCCCUUUUCAAUUAGUUUAGAUAGACGCCACGUAUUAUUAUAUCUUUGAUGCAACACGCCUAUUUAUCUAUAACCUAUACAAGACCCUAGUGUGAAUAGCAUUCAUAUAAGUACUGAAACCUUAACGUAAUUAUUGCAGAUAUUCAUUUUGCUUAAAUGUAUUGGAGCCAUGACUGAUGAUAGAAGAACUCGUCGCGAGACAAUGUGACAUUGCAAUGUUCAUUUUGUCUAUGUCUUCUUUAUUGAAUUGCGUAAAUCCUCAUGAAAUACCUUUAUUGACAUUUUUCAAACUGUAUCCACUUAAAUAUCUUAACCAAACAACGACGCCCUUAACGGUAGAAUUUUUAUUAAAUCUCAUCAAAACGUAACAACUUACAGUGUAUUGUUCAGUUAAAGUUAGGUUGCUGAAAGCAGCACUGAAUUACAAUAAGGACAUAUUUGUUAAAAAAAAUAUUCUUGCUUUUUAAAAAUAUUGUUGUACUGAUAUUUGAACUUUUCUG